AUGCGGACCACCGUGUAGUGGGAAAACUCGCAGGACAAAAGAAUUACAAGCAUACCUUGCAUCGAACCACGGCAAUCGCGAAGUGACGACACUCGGAGACCACGAAGCUGGAGUAGACAGAAACACCGUCUAUGCUGGUUGCCUACAAAUAUUCACCAAACUCAUGAGCAUGGACAUUUUCAUGGACGUUGUGAAGAUGAGGCGGUGGGAUGUGAUUCUUGCCAUUUGAAAUUUGUUCAGCUGAGCGUCAGUGGAGUUGGCUUUUCAAACUGCUCUAUCAACUGUCGUGAACUGGUUGUGUGUGGUUGGUACGGUACAUGUUGUACUGCAGAAACUUUACUUUGGAUUUCUGGUUGCUGGUUCGAACCCCUCGUCACGCUACUGUAUCCAUAUAGUGAGGCACUCUAGCACACAUACAACGUACCACUUAAACAGGGUUCGAUUUCAAGAUUGUUGACGUCAUGACUCCGAGUACUCUAACAUUCAUUGCAGUCGCAAUAAGUCUCACGUUUUUUGCCACGACAUCACAGUCGGCCGACUUUUUUAGCCAUCAUCCCGAAAAUGCGACCGUCGCUGCCGGAGACGAUGCAAUCUUCACCUGCCAGAUGAAGCAUCGGGUUAACUGUGAGAGUAAUAACAACACCCAUUUGUAUUGGAUUUUCAGCUGGGGUGGGAAUGGGACAUCAAAAUAUUACAUAAGCAGUUGCCGUUCAGCUCUUCCCAUACUAGGUAUAGACCCUAACAGAGUUUCUGUGUCGCUCAGCAAAAACUCAUACGUGUUGCAAAUAGUGAACGUGAGUUUGGAAAACAACGAGAAUGAAUUUUUCUGUGUGGUGUACUUUUGUGCAGAUCCGUCUUGUGGCAGCGGCACAAGACAUGUUUCCAAUCAUGCGUCUCUAACCGUUGUCACGGCAACAAUGGCCUCGUCAUCGCCUGAGUCAAAAGAGUUAACUACUUUCCCUUACGCUACGGUAACCACUGCAGGUUCAUUACUUGACACAGAAAAAUUAACUGGUGUCCCAGAGGUGUCAUUUGAACCGACUCAACAUGUGACCAAGACUGGAACAAUGCUUGUAGCUGGUACCCAGUCAAACCUUUUAGUUCUGAUCUUAGGCAGUACAUCAGGUGCAUUGGUUACCAUCAUCGUCAUCGUCAUGGUGAUAGCAUUCCUGGUUUCCCGGAGAUGGGGAGUAUGUCACCGGACGGCCAGUACACGCAGGAGGUCCGUCGACAUACAAAUGACAACGUGGGACAAUGAAGAGACUGGUAAACCGACCCUGCGCCCAGCGCGGGCAGCAGACAUUGAGUUGCCGUAUGCAGAACUUGAGUUUGAGCGAGGGGACAUGGAGGCGGGCACCGGUUUGGUUCAGGGUAGAGUACCAGUCAUGAGGCAGGAGGGUCCAACGGUCAAAUGCUCAUAUGCAAAGUUGAAAGGUUGCGUUACUGUAGCUGAAAUGUGAUUUAUCGUGACUCGAUCGGACUCGAGUCGGUCUUGAGUCCCAUUUUGCAUGACUUGGACUUGAAGCACAACUUGGCCCUGCAUGACUUGAGACUCAACCAAAAUUACCACAAAUCACUUAUUUUUUCAAUAAUAUAAAAUCUACAAAUUAUUUUGAAGACGAGCCUUUCCUGAGCAAGCUAUACAGUCAGUGCGGUGCAAAAGCAACGCAUGCACAUGAAAGUAUUGUACCUUCACGUGUACAUAUAGGCCUACCAGUGUGCUUCUGAAAAUAUGUCAAAAUAGUACUUAAAGGUGAUCUCUGUCUCGACCUUUGUGUCUCGUGACUCAGACUCGGACUCGACCUGCAUGACUCUGAACUCAAGACUUGUACUCGGGAGAGGUGACUCGGUCUCGGACUUGAAUACAAGUAUGGUGUAUACAUGGAAUAUAUGUGUAUAAGGUUUGCUAAAUUGUGUCUCUAACUUUGUGUACAUGUGUAACUUAGUUUUGUGUACCAUAUUUUGAACAUGGACAAUUGUAGUACAUGCACAUCUUUCAGUGUACAUAGCUUUUGUACAAUUGCCACUUUUAAUGUAAUAAUAUGCCUCUGCGCUUAGAUGCUUUCAAUAACAUGAUCUUAGAUGCUUUAAGUAACAUAAUCUCGACAAAUGAAAUGUAAUCAUUUGAAACUUUGCAUGGUGGUAGUAUAAUUAGUGAAGGUUUGCGGUAACACCAUGUGGAUAUCUCUUUUGGAAGGUGUGUGGUUCUGAAAGAAAAUUGCUAAUUUUGGCUCCUUUUCUGGUGGUUGAAAGUCAUUUUAAAAAUGUCUGUUUUUCUUGCCCACAUUUUUUGAUGUACUUAGCAGACAAAAUGUUCUCUUAAGAGGUAGUACUUAUAAAUGUCUUAAGCAUUUUUUUAAAUCCAAUACUGAAGUACAUAAAGUUAAAAUUGUUAGUUAAUUUAAUUUUUAUCAUACUUAUUUCCCUCCGUACCAGUACUUUUACAUUUGAUUUUAUCACAAUUUUGCAUCAGCCCCCAAGUUCUGUUUUACCACUCUUCGGUAACAUUCUGCAUUUCUUAAGAUUUUGUAAUUAUGAAACAAAUUUUUACAACUUUUGCCUAAACAUGUUAAACAUUUUGAAAUUUAAAAAUCAUUCCUAAACAUUACAUAUUUUUCCAUGAAAAUUCAAAACAGACAAUGCACUUUUCCCCAUCUUUUAAAUUUUCAAUUUUUUUUCCCAAUCUAUUUUUUUGGGGAGACUUUUCUUUACUGUUCU